UUCAUCCUUUGGUACAAGUUCCCAAUCAAUUGGUGGGUGCUCCCGUCCUUACAGAUGUCACUUUAAUUUGCAAUGUGGAAGCAUCACCCAAAGCCAUCAAUUAUUGGCAAAGAGAAAAUGGUGAAAUGAUUAUUGCUGGGGAUCGCUACCUUCUCACCGAAAAAGAGAUCAAUAUGUAUUCCAUUGAAAUGGUGCUACAUAUCAGACGUCUACAGGCCAGUGACUUUGGUGGAUAUAAGUGUAUAUCGAAGAACAGCAUUGGCGAUACGGAGGGCACCAUACGAUUAUAUGAAAUGGAAAGACCGGGAAAGAAAAUCCUACGAGAAGAAGAUAUGAACGAAGUAACGAAAAACGAAAUUGUCCUCAAGGAAAAUCGUCAUGAAGACGGUGCACGAAAUCAAAAUGGACGCCUAUACAAAGAGCGUGGCAGCGACCUAACCCUAUACAAUCAUCACAAUUCGGCAUUGCCACAAAUGCGGUCACCUUCGAUGCCAUUGAUAAUUGUAUUAAUUACACUAAUACUCUUAUUAGCGUCAACACGUACACUUAACGAUAUUGGCCAUAAUCAAAUUGUCGAUGACAGGCAUUGGCGACAACAGGCGUCAGCGGCGGGCGCGGCAGCGUCGUCGUCGUCAAUACAAUUGGCACA